UGGCUCAGCUUUUAGGCCAGGCGCAGAUGGCCAAACAUGCUGGCUGCGAAGACCGCAGCCUGGAACGCACCUGCCCCACCUGCCCCGCCGCCACGGCGGCGGAGGGAGCAAGAGCCAGACCUGGGAACAAGCGAUGCUGAAGCUUUUGCGACGAUCGAAGGAGCCAGAGGAACAGAGUGCACAGCCGAGCACGAGCCCGCAUGGAUCCAGCAUGAAGGACAAACAGGUGAGUCAUCUGAAGACUGCACAAGUGCCUCAAAUUUAGAGUCAGCACGCGUCGACCUUCAGCCCCUACAUGAGCCAUCUGAGAAUCAGCCAGGCGUGUGCGUCGAGCAUCAGCCAUCACAAGCGAAGUCACCAGCAGAAACCUCACAUCAAGAGUUGACCACAUCUGUUGAGCAGCAGGCAUUGCAGGAGUCAUUUCAAGAGAAUGAUGCUUCUGGAAUGGAGCUCGUGCCAGACCUGUGCAUCCAGCCGCUGUGCACACAAGUGGCUUUGACAGAGGAUUGUGCGACAGUGAUGGGGGGGCCGACCAAAUGCGUUGAGCCCCAGCAAGCGGAGCUAGAUGGCAAAGACGGCGCUGCCCUUUCAAAAGGCACAGCCGAACCCACGCGGAAGGCUUCCCUUGAGGCCCUGGCUUCAUCUGGCUCUGGUGCGGAAGCCUCUCCACGCGCUGAGAGCGAAGUGGAUGUGAAAUUGGACAAGGCCAUACCCGCCGUUCAGAUCUGCAUACGCCUGCGGCCAAUGCUUCAGUGGGAGAAGUCGGAUGGCUACACCCACAGUGCGAUGCAGUUAAAGGAAGACGAUGGCACCAUCUCUCUGAAGGAGGAAGGUCGCAAUCGGCAGUUUAGGUUCAAUCGGGUCAUUGGCGAGGAGCGCACGCAGCAAGAGGUGUGGGACAUGUCGGGCAUUGAAGAUGUGGUCGGCAAAGUGGCCCUGGGAUUCCAUGCGACGGUCUUUGCAUACGGGCAGACGGGCACGGGUAAGACUCACACAAUGGAAGGCUUCAACUAUGAGCAUUUCUGUGGCUCAGCACCCUCUGCAGCCGCUUCCCGUCCGCGUGUCAAGGCCAAGACCACGCCAGCAGAUCAGCUGGGCAUUGUGCCGCGAGCCGUGCUGACCCUUUUCGAUAGAGUCGAGGCAAUGCGGAGGACAGACACGUCAGCAGUUGUGCGGGUUUCCUUUCUCCAGAUUUACAAUGAGAAGAUUUUCGACUUGCUGAACCCUUCACUUUCUGUGGCCCAGCGGGAGACUGGUGGCCGAGGCGAGGAGUUUGCCGGGCUCAGGCUGCGUUGGGACGCCGCGAAGCGGCACUUCUUCGUGGAGAACCUGUUCCAAUACGAGUGCGCCUCAGCGGAGGAGGCGCUGCAGCAUUAUCAGACCGGGAUUGCCAACAAGCAGGUGGCCUCCACCACCAUGAACGUGGCAUCCUCCAGGUCCCACACGCUGCUGACAUUGACCCUGGCCCGCCGUGAAGAGCGCGAGGAGGCGGCGGCGCCCCGCGAAGUGGUCUCGCAGCUGUCCCUGGUGGACCUAGCUGGGUCGGAGCGGAGCGUGGCCAGCGGAGGCAUGGGCCGGAGCAGCACGAGGUUCCACGAGGCAAUCAACGUGAACCAGUCUCUCUUUGUCCUGCGGAGGGUCAUCACAGCCCUCAGCAAGCGAGAGAAGCCGGAGGCAAAGAAUGAGAUCCACGUGCCCUAUCGGGAGUCCAAGCUGACAUCUUUGCUUCACAACAGCCUUGGCGGCAAUAGCUAUUUGGUCAUGUUUGCGUGCCUGGCCCCUGCCGAUAGGCAUGAUGACGAGAACCUGAGCACCUUGCAGUACGCCUCUCAGGCUGCGUGCAUCCGCAACCUGCCAGCCGUAAAUGUAGAUCCAAAGGAUCGUAUGAUUCAACAGCUGGAAGCCCGCCUCGCGACGGCUCACGAAUAUCUGUUGCGAGCCUUGGGCGUGCCCGAGUUGCCCGAGGACUUGUUGGAAGAGGAGCGGCAAGCACUGGAGAGGGUUGGGGGGCGGCGGCUGAGGCCUACAAAGCGCGCCAAAACUUGGGAGUUCCGGGACAAAGCUCCCCGCCCGCCGAGAGCGGAGGGCAACCUUGCGGGCAAUAGUCCGGCAGAGAAUGCAGGCCAAGCGGGUCAACCCGGCCAAGUAGGUCAGCCAGGCCCAGCAGCCCGAGGCCCAGCAGGCCGUAGUCUCGGCCAAUCAGGCCAAGCAGACAAAGCGAGCCGGAGCUGCGGCCCCAGCCAGACUGGGCAGGUAAAGGCCGCCAGCCAGGCAAGGACAUUGCCCAGGGCCCAGAUGUCGAGAAGCUUCAGUGGCUAUGGCACUCCAGCCGCGCUGCACAGGAUUGUUCAAGGCGCUGCUCAGAAGUCGCCAAGCAGCUCUGACUGGCCAUUCUCCGCACGGCGGGACAACUCGGAGGGCCGUGAGCUCUUCGAAGCAGUUGACGCGAUGAUGCGCGGGUAUGAUGGUCCUGUUCCGCCACCAAAGGAGAAGCGUCGGCCCAAACCAAGGCCGGCAUCUUUGCCACCCGUGCGAGCAUCAGGAGAUCCGUGGCCAAAGAAGGGCCGGGAUUCGCCAGCAGCGGACUCCGUGCAGUCCGCCGAGACGGCGGUUGCGAGCAUGGCGAGCAAAUGCAGUUGUGCGUCAGACCGGAGCCAGACGCAAUGCACGGAUGUUGCUGUGGAUAUUGAACUUUCAGAACGUCACGCUGAAGCCAUGGAGGAGUUGAAGAGUGCGCAGAGUGCGCAGGGCCACCUGGAAGGGCAACUGCUCGCAGCGCAUCAGCGAAUACAAGAGCUCGAGAUCGAGGUUUGCCAAGGACAACCGGUUUCUGAAGUUCAGCAAAUAAAGUCAGAGAAUGCGGAGCUCCAUCAACGCUUGGAGGUCUUCUACAAAGCCAUGGAGCAGAAGCCAGACGGGGAGCAGAAGGACGUGGGCAUGAGCCAGAAGAUUGCCCCUGACCUCGAAGGUUUCCAUGGCUUUCGCGUUAUUGCUGUUGGGAGGCGUAUUGUGCAUGCUCUCAUGAAACGCCUUGCCAAGGAAAAGUUUCACUCCCAGCUGGUCCUCGAAGCAGUGACCUUGCGAAAUGAAGUGGCCCGGCUGAAGAAAAAGAAGUGGAUCAUCAAGGCUGUUCUAGAUUCCGGAGGUGAACAUGAGCGGCAAGCAAUCAUAGAGGAGGUUGAGCAGCUCCGCCUCUCAAAGAGAGAGGCGGAGAAUGGACAAUGUGGAUGAAGGCCAAAAAUGUUGUCUGCCUUCACAGCAUCAGCUUGGUUUGGUGUGCCCUGGCAAUGGCAAGCAGUAGUUGCUGUAGCGGCUUGAGAAGGAAAGGAGC